AUGUCUAGAGAAGAAGAAAAGCAGCAGCAACAACAACAACAACAACGUACAAGAGUCUACUUUGAUGUAGCAAUUGGAGAUGAAACUAUUGGGCGUAUUGCAUUUGAAUUAUUUGAUGAUAUCACACCAAAGACGGCAGCUAAUUUCAGGGCCUUGUGUACAGGUGAAAAAGGAUUUGGAUACAAGGACACAAUAUUUCACCGAGUAAUUAAAGACUUUAUGAUUCAGGGUGGUGAUUAUGAAAAUUUCAAUGGUACUGGCGGUAGCUCGAUUUAUGGGGAGAAGUUUGACGAUGAGAAUUUUCAAUUGAAGCAUGAUCAACCAUUCCUACUGUCUAUGGCCAACGCCGGGCCAAAUACUAAUGGCUCCCAAUUUUUUAUUACCACUGUAAAGACCCCACAUUUAGAUGGUAAGCACGUUGUUUUCGGAAAAGUUAUUGCAGGGAAAUCAGUUGUCAGGCAAGUUGAAAGAACCGAAACUGGUCCUUCUGAUAAACCAGUAAAGGAUUGCAAAGUUAUUGCUUGCGGAAUUUUAACCGAGGGUGAUCCAUUACACUUGGCCGAUGGUUCAGGUGAUACCUAUGAAGAUGUCUUGGCGGACGAACCAAGUGUUGACAUCAACCAACCUGAAACUGUGUUCAAGGCUGUUGAAGCAAUAAAAGACAUUGGUACUGAAUGCUUCAAGAAGGGAGAUAUAAAAACAGCAUUGAAGAAAUACAAGAAAGCCCAAAGUUACAUGUCUGAGUAUCAUCCCGAUGAUUUAACAGAAGAAGACAUUGCUACUUAUUGGAAGUUACAAAUUUCCUGUACAUUGAAUGCCUCGUUGAUGGCAAUGAAGCUCAAGAAUGCACAGGAUACCAUUAAAUAUGCCACCGAGGCUUUGGAUUGUGAGCAACUCGAUAACAAAUCUAAAGCUAAGGCAUACUUUAGAAGGGGUCACGGGCAUUUACUGGGUCACAACGAGGAGGAUGCUAUUUCAGACUUUGAGGAAGCACACAAACUCGAACCAUCUGACAGCGGUAUUUCCAGGGCACUCGCCGAAGCCAAGGAAUCUCUCAAAAAGAGAAGAGCAAAGGAGAAGGCCGCAUACAGCAAAUUUUUUGCCUGA